UCUUCAUAUUCACAUUACAUUAGCUUGCUAGCUAGCUGUAAGCCUGAACCAGUCUCUUCAUAUUCACAUUACAUUAGCUUGCUAGCUAGCUGUAAGCCUGAACCAGUCUUCAUAUUCCCAUUACAUUACAUUGUCCUCUGUGUGUCUCAUCAGGUGACUGUCCUCUGAGUUCACCCCCCCUUCCAGGAUGAACGGCUACGCCCCACCCUCGUUCCCCCAGGGAGGGUUCGACUCAUACACCUCACAACUCAAUGGUCAUGGUUCCCAGUCCACAGAGCUUCCAGAUUGCAACACCAAGUCCAUCUCUAAAGCCCUUUACGAACAACGGAAGAACUACACCAAAAACAGCAUCAACAGCAUGACGAACACCUCGCAGUACCAUGUUGAGCACCUGACCACAUUUGUUCUGGACAGGAAGGAAGCCAUGAUCAACACUGAGGACGGAAUCAGGAAGCUCCGCCUGCUGGAUGCCAAGGGGAAGAUAUGGACCCAGGACAUGUUGCUGCAGGUGGAGGAGAAGACAGUCAGCCUCAUCGACCCAGAGACCAAGAAUGAGUUGGAGAUCUUUCCCUUGGGGACCAUCAUGCACUGCCAGGCAGUGAUGUCAUCCUGCAACUAUGACUCCAUCUUGGCUCUGGUGUGUAAGGAGCCGGGCCAGGGCAAACCAGACCUGCACCUGUUCCAGUGUGACGACAUCAAGGCCAACCUGAUCCAGGCUGAUAUAGAGGGGGCCAUGAUGGAUCAGAAGGGAGGCAAGGUGAAGAAGAGGCCCGAAACACUAAGGAUGAUUCUGAAGAGUGACGGGGUCAUCCCGCCGCCCCCCGCGGCGCCCGCCCCCGAGCCCCCCGCCACCCUCACCCAGCUGGACGUGAGGAGUCGUGUGGCAGCCUGGUCGGCCUGGGCGGCGGAGCAGCAGGACUAUGAUAAACAGCCUCAGUAUUCUGACCAGAAUGAACCUUCGGAGAUGAUGGCUACCAGAGUGGAUCGAGACGUGCAAAUCCUGAACCACAUUCUGGACCACAUCGAGUUCUUCGUGACCAAACUGCAGAAAGCGGCUGAGGCCUUCAACGAGCUCUCUAAGAGGAAGAAAUCUAAAAAGAACAAGAAGAAGGGACCCGGAGAGGGAGUGCUAACACUGCGAGCCAAGCCUCCCACUCAGGAGGAGUUUGUUGACUGUUUCCAGAAGUUCAAACAUGCCUUCAACCUGCUGGGGAAGUUGAAGUCCCACAUCCAGAACCCCAGCGCUGAUGAUCUGGUCCACUUCCUGUUCACACCACUCAGGAUGGUGAUCCAGACCUCUGGAGGGACAGAGCUGGCUAAGAGCGUGGUGGUUCCUCUAUUGACCAUAGAGGCUAUAGACUUCCUGCACUCAGCUGGGACGGCCGAGGAAAGACACCUGUGGGUUGCCCUGGGGGAGGGGUGGACCAAGUGCAGGUUGGAGUGGCCUAAGGACCACUACUUCCCUCCGUGUACGCUGCAGUUCCGUGAUGGUUGGGAACCUCCCAUGAUGCCGUUCGUCCCCCAAUCACGAGAGGCAGAGCUGAAUCAGCUGACACAGACCCUCUCCCACUCUGAGAUCCUUAGACAGGAGGAGAUGGUUCACAGGCUGUCUACUGAGGUACGCACUCUGACCCCUAACCUCUGACCCUAACCCUCUCUGAGAUCCUUAGACAGGAGGAGAUGGUUCACAGGCUGUCUACUGAGGUACGCACCCUG